UCACUCACUUUGUAUUCACCACUAAAACCCACAAAAAAAUAUCCACCAUUUCUCUUCUUUUUUCUUUAUGAAAAUUAACUAGAAGAAAAAAUUCAAAAAAAAAAAAAAAAGUUGAUUCAUUGGUAAAAAUGGCUGGAAAUGGAGUAUUUGCAGAGAUAAUUGAUGGGGAUGUGUUCAAAUAUUAUUGUGAAGGAGAAUGGAAGAAAUCAACUUCUGGAAAAUCUGUUGCUAUUAUCAAUCCUACUACAAGAAAAACACAGUACAAGGUUCAAGCUUGUACACAAGAAGAGGUGAACAAAGUAAUGGAAAUAGCAAAAGCUGCACAAAAAUCAUGGGCUAAAACACCACUCUGGAAAAGAGCAGAGUUACUUCAUAAGGCAGCUGCAAUCUUGAAAGAACACAAAGCCCCUAUUGCUGAAUGCCUUGUAAAAGAAAUUGCAAAACCAGCUAAAGAUGCUGUCACUGAGGUUGUGAGGUCUGGAGAUUUAAUUUCUUACACUGCUGAAGAAGGAGUUAGAAUUCUUGGGGAGGGUAAGUUCUUGGUAUCCGAUAGUUUCCCUGGGAACGAAAGGACCAAAUACUGUCUGACUUCUAAGAUCCCAUUGGGUGUGAUUCUAGCCAUUCCGCCUUUCAACUAUCCGGUCAAUCUUGCUGUCUCCAAGAUUGGCCCCGCACUGAUCGCUGGAAACUCUUUAGUCCUCAAGCCUCCAACUCAGGGUGCUGUGGCUGCCCUGCACAUGGUGCAUUGCUUCCACUUAGCUGGAUUUCCUAAAGGCCUUAUCAGUUGUAUAACAGGAAAAGGUUCUGAAAUCGGUGAUUUUCUCACUAUGCAUCCUGGAGUAAACUGUAUAAGCUUCACCGGUGGAGACACCGGCGUUGCAAUAUCAAAGAAAGCAGGAAUGGUCCCUCUACAGAUGGAGCUAGGAGGAAAGGAUGCUUGUAUUGUGCUCGAAGAUGCUGAUUUAGAUUUGGCUGCCGGAAAUAUUGUGAAAGGAGGAUUUUCUUACAGUGGUCAAAGAUGCACAGCCGUUAAGGUCGUGUUGGUGAUGGAAUCAGUGGCAGAUACUCUUGUUGAGAAGGUAAAUGCCAAAGUGGUAAAGCUAACCGUUGGGCCACCGGAAGAUAAUUGUGAUAUCACUCCAGUUGUCUCCGAGUCAUCCGCAAACUUCAUCGAGGGGUUGGUCAUGGACGCAAAGCAGAAAGAUGCAACAUUUUGCCAGCCAUACAAGAGAGAAGGCAACCUUAUUUGGCCCCUGUUGUUAGACAAUGUUAGGCCAGACAUGAGAAUCGCAUGGGAAGAACCAUUCGGACCAGUUUUGCCCGUUAUUCGCAUUAACUCCGUCGAAGAAGGAAUCCACCACUGCAAUGCUAGCAAUUUUGGUUUGCAGGGUUGUGUGUUCACCAAAGACAUCAACAAAGCAAUACUGAUCAGUGAUGCAAUGGAGACGGGAACCGUUCAAAUUAACUCAGCUCCGGCUCGUGGACCGGAUCAUUUCCCUUUCCAGGGUAUUAAGGACAGUGGAAUUGGAUCACAAGGGAUUACUAACAGCAUUAACAUGAUGACUAAAGUGAAGACCACUGUGAUCAACUUGCCAACUCCUACUUAUACUAUGGGGUAAAUAAAUCACUGUUUCUUUAGAAAUAAGACAGUAAUACUAUGUUGUAGAUGGUAGUGAACUUGAAACCAGUUAUUGUCUAUUUUCUCCUUUUUGAGCUUAUCAAGAUUUAUAUUGGUGAACAAGAGGCAUGAUAAAGAGAUACCGAGUUAAAUAUUUGUGUUUGGAUUUUAA